UAGACUGAUGAUACCUUUCGGUUUUUGUAUUAUUUUGUUCAACUUUAUGUAUUUGUAAAUUCAUAUCUCCUUGUUUCCUUUUUUAAAAAUUAAUAAAACGCUGUUAGUGUUAAUAACGAUUGUGUCGAUAAAUUAAUAUUAUUACUUUAAUCAUUAAUUAUGGAGGCUGAAGAUAAUAUACAAAAAAUGUACAAAUAUUUUGGAAUUUUAGCUGAUGCCAAAGAAAACAUAGCUGAAAAAGAACCAGAAUAUUUGGAAAUAUUAUCUGCAGUCAAAGGGUCAACAAAGGAAAAAAGACUUGCUUCACAAUUUAUUACACGGUUUUUCAAAUAUUUCCCUAAUUUAGCAGCUCAAGCACUUGAAGCACAAUUAGAUUUGUGUGAAGAUGAAGAUAUUUGUAUAAGAAAACAAGCAAUAAAAGAUUUACCCGUAUUAUGUAAAGAAUCCAAAGAGUAUUUAACUAAAAUAGCUGACAUAUUAGCUCAAUUACUUCAAGCUGAUGAUUCAAUGGAACUGCAAAUAGCACAGAAUUCACUAUUGUCACUUUUUAAAAUUGAUGCUAAAGGUGCAUUGACAGGAAUAUUUAGUCAAAUGCAAUCAAAUGAAGAAAUUGUUCGAGAACGUUCUAUGAAAUUUAUACUAAAUAAAGUAAUGCCAUUAGGCAAAGAUAUAAUAAAAAAAGAUGUCGAAGAUUUAAUAAUAACAGAAUGUAAAAAAGUUAUGCAAAACAUAACAUGUGAUGAAUUUGAAACCCUUAUGACGAUACUAUCUUCAACUCAUUUGAUUAGUACACCUGAUGGACAAAAAGAACUAGUUGAGUUGUUAGCAAAUACAGCAGAACUUGAUCAAUUUUUCAACCCUAAAGAUGUUGAUCAAGUUAAUAGAUUUAUUACUUGUCUUGAUUUUGCUAUUCCAUUCUUUUCUGCUCAUAUUGAAUCUACAAAAUUUAUUGUAUACAUUUGUGAGUUUUUAAAUCGUUAUACUCUUAUUAAUGAUAAUGACAAACAGUUCAUAAUUUUAAAAUUGUUGGCUGAAUCAGUUUUGUACUGUGGGAAAUUACAAAAUCCUGAAGCUGUUUUAGGACAACUUUAUCAAGCCCUCAUUGAUAUGGUGACUGUUCCUGAAAAUGAUGCUAGUAAAAAAGUAGAAGAUAUGGAUUUGCACCGUGUUGAAGCUCUAUUAUAUACCUUUCAUAAAUUGGGGAAACAGUGUCCAGAUUUCUUAAGUAAAGAUCCUGAAAAACAAAAGGAAUUCAAGAAAAAGUUGCUUUAUAUUGGUACUUGUACUCAAACAUUUGUGAAAAUUGUUAGGCAAGAAUUAAAAGGACGAGGUGAAGAUGAUGUUAAGACAGAUCCAAAAAUAGCUACAAAAUUAGAAGGAUUACGUUUGGCGUGUAAUAUAAAUACUCUGAUAAAGGAAUUAUUCAAUAUUCCACCUAGAUUUAAAGCUAUAGUUACUUUGUCCUGGGUUGCAGGAGCUACAAAAUCAAAGCUUGCUCAAAUUGUUCAAGAAGGAAAAAAACAUGAACCCAUUAGUGUGGAUGGAAAAACAAAAAGAGUUGAUGGUUCUACUGCUAAUAACAGUCAGCAAUUGUACCAACCACCCAAAGAUAAAUUUAGUGCAAAAUUCUCAAACAAUACUAAUUCAAAUAAUUCUAAUCGACGUAGUGGGGGCACUAACUGGAACAAUAAAAGAUCAUUUGAUUCAAAUAAUAGUAAUCGCCGUUCUUGGAGACCUUAUUAAUCAAUAGAAAUAUAACAUGGUAUAAGUUUACUUAGCACUUGUGUUCUGUAUAUUUUAAGGAAUAACCUUGAUUUUUAUUUGUAAAACAAUGUUUUUCUACCAAAAUUAAUAAUGAUACAACUUUUUGAUUUGCUAGUUAUUAUUGUACAUAAAUACAUUUCUAGUUUAUUUCUAAGUAAUUUGUAUAUUUUCCACAAUUUCUUUAUGUAAUAUUAUAAAUUCGACAAAUAUUGACAUUCUUAUAUUUCAAAUGUUAUGACUGAAAAUAAAAUUAAUCAUUCUUAUGACAGCA